GUCGUCGGAGGAACGACACGUGUGUACCGGCAUACUAACUAUUCUUUAAUUUUUAUAUUAUCUGCAUCUGUUAUCUGUAUAUGUGUUGUUUACAUACAUCGUUCGUAGUGGUACCAUGCUCAUGUCGAUAUAGCUUUCUAGUGAAGUUUACAAUAUGAAGUUGUUUGUUUUUUGGUUUUUUGUUAUUGCUAAUAUUAGUAACAAUGGUAAGGCUUCUUUGGAAAGCUUCGCACCGACGAGUGAUACGAUUUUUCUGACCGAUACUACACAGAAAUCAGACAAAUCAUGCCAUCGACCUUGCAAGUUCAACGUGAAACCUCGUAGAUGCUAUUAUAAAUUCGACGUGGAGCCUUCACUACAGGACGAUGGUCCAGCCCUUACCAUCAACGGUGUGAGUCCAGGACCGGCUAUACAUGUGUGUGUUCAUGAUAUAAUCAUUGUCCAAGUUAAGAAUAAGAUCCCGGACCAAGAUUUAGCCAUUCAUUGGCAUGGGUUGGAACAGCGCGGAACGCCGUACAUGGACGGGGUUCCAAUGAUCACCCAGUGUCCUAUUACUUAUGGAUCUACGUAUAAAUAUGCGUUUAAGGCGUCGUCUCCAGGAACAUUCUUCUAUCAUGCUAACUCAGUGGCUCAUCAAAGCGACGGUGUCUAUGGCAGCCUGAUAGUAGACCAGCCACAGCCUAUGGAGCCUCAUUCUUCUCUAUACGACUACGAUAGAAGCCUAGAGCACACUCUUAUAAUCGGGGCGAGGUUCCCAGAGCUCCUUUCAGCAAGUUUGAAUGUUAUAAACGAUAUACCACCUAGUAGUCUAGUCAUAAACGGAGACGUCACGGGAACUAAAUUAUUCGUAAUGCAAUCAUACGGCUAUCGAUUGCGGCUCAUAAACGCGAUUGGGAUCGAGUGUCCCAUACUGGUCAGCAUUAAUGACCAUUUGAUGACAGUUGUGGCCAGCGACGGGAAACCCGUCCAACCAGUCACUACAGCUGCUGUUAAAAUUUAUCCUGGAGAACGAAUGGACGUCGUCGUUCGCGCCGAUCAAAGCAGUGGAGGCUAUUGGCUUAUAGUCAAAGGAGAAAGUGCUUGCGAUAGUUUGAAAGCUAGAUCUAUGUUCAUUUAUUCUGGAUUUAACUAUACUUCAAUGUUAGAAAAUGUACCGAAUACCGAAUUGAACUACGAUAUUAGUAAUAUAAUCACUGGUCAGAAGCUUUUGUCAAACAAAGACGCAAAUCUCGCAAAUAAAAUCAAAUCAUUUUACCUUGGCAUAGAUAAAAAUGCAAUUAAGGUUAAAGACGAAGAUUUAGACUAUCGGUAUAUAAGUGAUGCUCUACCAAAGAAGCCUUUAUAUCCUUCAGCAUUGUCACUCACAGAUAGUGUAGUCCAAAUUAAUCGUAAAAACUUCUUGUUCCCUAACGCACCAUUAUUAUUGAAACCACGUGAUGUCUUCAAUCACAUUGUCUGUGAUGUGGGAGCUGAAGAAAAGCAUUAUGAUGUACAAUGUCUGCAGACUUUGAAGACUGCCAAUGAAGAGGUGGAACUCAUAUUAGUUAAUGAAGGUUUUAACAGCAAUGACUCUUAUACUUUUCACAUGCACGGCUAUAGUAUGCAUGUAGUUGCGUCUUGGCAGAGUCCAGCCGGACUUCCCUUAUCGAGAAAAGAAUUUGAGAAGUUGGACAAAGACGGUCUUAUAGUUAGAAACUUGCAAAACCCGCCAAUUAAGGACACAAUAGCGGUACCGAACAAAGGUUUUACGAUCGUAAGGAUCAACCCAGAUAAUGGAGGGACCUGGUUGCUUGAGUGUAGGUCAUGCAGCCUUACAUUACCUGUUGCAAUAUUAAUUAACACACCCAUAUCAAUACCUAAGGCAGUGGUUGAUACGUUACCAAGUUGUGGCAGUUAUAAACCAGCAGAUGUAUUGCUUCACUGAAGAGAUUGACUUUUAAGUGUUUGUGUAUGGAAAGAAAGUGGAAGAAAUUUAAGGGUUACUUACAAUAAUUAUAGUGACAAUUGCCUAUACGUCCUAUAGCUACUACAGAAAUUAGCGUAUAAUUUUGAAAGAAAGAAGAAAACAAACAACGUAACUCAAAGUAAUAAGUAUAAUUGCUGUUGUAAUAUUCCCAAUUGUGUACUGCACAAUUUUGAAAAUCGUAUUUAUUGUAUAUAGUUUUUAAGUAUAUGUAUUGUAACAGGUGCUUUAUUUCAAAGGCUUGUUAUUUGUAAAUAAGAUAGUUAUAAGUUGUAUUUAUUUUGAAAGUGUGAUGAUAAGUAUACGAAAUAAAUGAGUAAAUACCGAAA